UUCUCUUAUCACAUCACAGGGCUGCCUGAGGACAAGAUUUACCCAUUUAAUUUUUUUAAAUUUUGCUCUGUGAACCACAAUGACUCUACAAGUUCAAGUACCCACCUCGAGAUUUAGAAGCAGGAUUUGUCGCUAAACAUAAACAUAAUUGGUGUUCUAGUUUGGGUACAAACGUUAGACAAAGUUUGAAGAGGUUGGUCGGGAGAUUAAUCAUGCGAGGGUGGCCUAAAUGCAGAGAUCUGUACAAGAAUAAGCAAAGACAUAAAUUGAUUCUAAGAAUCACUGAAAUGCUAGUGGACACAGAGUUGGACAUAGAUUUGUCAUGUUGCCGGAAAAAACAGGAGCUCGACAGCAUUCAUGUUAACGUAUUAGAACUAGCAAAAGACCGUACAGCCAAUGGUAAAAAUAUUGAAUACAUGGACUACCAUGAGACGCCAUUGUUACUGGCCGCAGCUAGGGGAAUAAUAGAAGUGGUCGAAAGGAUCAUCAAAGCCCACCCACAGGCUGUGGACUACGUGACAACAAACGACAGAAACAUUCUACAUGUCAUCAUUGCACACCGACAACUCAACAUCUUUGAAUGGAUUCAACGCCGAGAUCUUAUCUUGCACAGACUGGCCAAGAGGAUCGACGUGUUGGGCUACACAAUAUUGCACCAUGUUGGAAUCACUAAAUUCCUCAAUCAUUCCACCUUUGGUCCAGCAAUACAGCUUCAAAAUGAGAUUGACUGGUUCGAUCGCGUCUAUGAAAUGAUUCCGCACCCUUACAACAUGCAUUAUAGCAAAGACGGUUGGAAACCCCGUGAGUUCUUUGAUGAAACUCACCAGGAUAUGCUUGAUAAAGGCAAAGAAUGGAUCAAGAAAACCUCCGAGUCUUGCUCUGCUGUUGCUGUCCUCAUGGCCACUGUCGCCUUCGCCGCUGCCUUCACUGUUCCCGGUGGACUCAACUCCAAAACUGGCUCUCCAGUUCUCCUCUCUGACCCUAUCUACAUUUUGUUCACCGCCUUAGACAUCGCCUCCCUCAUCUCAUCGCUCUCCUCCUUGGUUCUGUUUCUCUUGAUCUUGACCUCCCCUUUUGAGAUGGAUGCUUUUCNUUCGACAAGAAUUGCCAAUUCAAUUGUCCUUGGGAUUCAAUCUGCUGUUCUUGUCGGUGGCGAGCACCAUGAUUGCGUUCGCUGUGGCGGUCGUGCUCACACUCAAAUCCACCAACAUGGUAUGGGCGGAAUGCCUUUUGUAUUUGGUCACACUUGCUCCAAUAACCAUUUUUGUAGUAAUGAAGUUGUCGCUGUUGAUGGAGCUGGAGAGAAGUGUUCGGAAGAGUCUACGAUUUCUUUGGAAGUUGCUACCCAUGGGUUUCCUCACCAUGUUUGUUGA